GUACCCAUAAACUCUCCCUCUCCUCCUCUUUCUCAACCACAUAGAGAUCUCAAACUCACAAAAAAUAUGGCAGAGUUCCCAGGCAAGAAGCUCCGAGUCUUCUUCAUCCCCUUCUUCGCCUCAGGCCACAUGAUCCCGAUGGCCGACCUCGCUGUCCUCUUCUCCCGCCACCCUGAUGUGGAUCCCACCCUCUGUCUUACCCCCGCCAAUGCCGAGGCCGUCGGCCUCGCCAACGGCCAAGAAAACCUCUCCUCCGUCACCCCCAGCGAAGAACACAAAAUCUACAUGGCCGUCGAUCUCUGUGAGCACGAGCACCGCCGCAUCCUGCAAGAGCACCGCCCAGACGCUGUCAUCGCUGAUGUUCCCUUCUGGUGGACCACCUCCAUCGCACGCGACCUCGGCGUGCCAAGAAUAACUUGGCACUCUGUCGGUGUCUUCCCUCAGCUCGUCAUGAAUUCCCUCUUCGAGUACCGUAACGAAAUCAUCGGCACCAAGGGGGACGUUAUCAUUAAAGAUUUGCCAGGUCCGAACCUGAAAAUGCCGGUCUCUGAGCUCCCAGAAUUCGCAUGGUCGUCGUCGAACUUCAUCGCCGAAUCUUGGGGCAACAUGAAGAAGGCACAGUUGGAAGGGUACGGCGUGGUCGUCAACACGUUCCAUAAGAUCGAGCAAGCAUACUGCGACCAGUACAGGAUGACUGACGGCAAGAGGGUGUGGUUCGUGGGCCCCGUCGGGCCAUUGGCUACGUGGGCACGGAAGGCGGUGGCCGAGGCGGGUCUGGAGUGCCUGAAAUGGCUCGGACGUCGAGUCGAGGAUAAGGGGAAGGUAGUGAGAGGAUGGGCGCCGCAGGUGGCAAUAUUGGAACAAAAAGCCAUCGGCGCGUUUUUGACACACUGUGGAUGGAAUUCAGUGCUAGGAGGCAGCGGCUGCGCUGGCGUGGGGCCGAUGGCUCGUGGCCUCGUGUUUGAACAGUUUAUAAACGAGAGGCUAGUGGUGGAGGUGGAUGGGGAUGGGGGAGAGGUCUUUUUAAAGGUAUCGAGCACGAGGGAGGAGGAGAAGGUUGUGGUCGCCCGCAGAGGGGCGAUACGCAAGCGGUGA